UCUGUGCUAGUGUAUAACUAUACUAAUCUCUACCCUUCUACAGAAUUUCUAAUCUGUGUAUCUAAAUUAUUUAUUAUUUAUUUCUGUUGUGUUGUUAAUUAUUUUAAAUACUAAUAAUAAUGAUUUCACGGAAAGGACAAAAAGGUGUUAAUGAAGGUGUAGUCGGAAAAUACAUAAAAAAAGAUACACCACCAGAUUUACCUAUUAUAAAUGUUUGGACAACUGGUCAUAAUAGAAGACCUCGCAGUCAACCUUUUGGUACUACUGAUGGGAAUUCACAGAGUCACGAGAAUAAAUUUGGAAAAGCACAAACAAUGAGUGGACAUGCUGGAAAGUAUACUCCCAGUGAAUCAGUACCUAAUUUAGCACACAGAUUUGGCAGUUUAUCUACAAGUGAUUCAGCAAGUACAUCCACUAAUUAUAACUCUCAGUACCUCUUAGAUUCAAACAUGGCUUCACAUUCAACAUUAAAUGAAAUUGAUGACUCAUUCAGCAGACAGCCCAGUUAUAGAUACUAUAGGCAACAGCAACAAGAGGAUCCAAUUUAUCAAAAUCAGCAGCAGGUACAACAACAGAAGCAACAACAAUAUGGCUCUAGGGAGUCCAGUAUACCACGGCUAUCAUCAAAUUUAAGUCUAACACCAAGACUGCAUCCACAAUCGCCACAUUCCAUACGCCUUCACAGUGAUACAUAUUCCACAGGAAAUCAAUCAUCACCUAUUUACUCCAAUUACGUUAGUACAUCAGCACUGCCUUACCCCAACAAAGCUCAUGCGAAUAACAUCAUUUCCAGUAAUCAAGCGUCCGAGGAGUGUGACCUGCCGCUGCCGCCGGGCUGGUCGGAAGACCGCACGUUGCGCGGUCGCCGCUACUACAUGGAUCACAACACGCAGACCACGCACUGGACGCACCCUCUGGAGAGCGUGCCGCGACCCUGGCAGAGAAUCUCCACGCCACACCACGGCGUGUAUUAUUUUAAUGAAAUAACUCACCAAACGACGUACGCGCACCCGUGUCUAGUAGGUGGUUGCUACGUAGUUAGUCCAUAUGUGCCAACGCUUGUGCCGCCUUAUCUCAUGGAGGAAAUACCACACUGGCUUGCUGUUUAUUUCAAAGCCGAUCAAGAGUUAGACCACAAACUACGUUGGAAUAUGUUUCGGUUGAGUGAACUGGACUGUUACUCUGAUAUGUUGACGAGACUUUACAAGCAAGAAUUGCAGUUGAUCGUCAUGAAGUAUGAACAAUAUAGAUCUGCGUUACUCCAAGAAAUAGAGAGAAGGCGGCACGCAGUAACAUAUCAUACGCGCCCAAAUUGUUGAAAGAAAACCAAUUGAUUGCCUUAUUGAGCUGUGAUCUUUAUCAGAUAUAUAAUAGAUUUAUUAGUAUUUAAUGUCCGAGGACGUAAAAGUAUAUUUUAUUGUAAGCUUUUAAAUCUCACAAAUGUCUUAUGGAAUAUUUCUUAUUUUAAUUAUAAUUAUGUAUUAAUAUUUGAUAUUAUGUAAUGGCCAAAAAAGGUCUUUGUUGUAGAUUAAUAUUUACAAUACUUCUAAUUGAAGGUUUACAUGGUUAGGAAUAAUAGAUGUUACUACCCCAUAUGCAGCUAUAAUAAACCAAUUACUUUCGCAAAAAUCAAAGCAAAAAGCUCUGGUUUGUAUGGACAAGACAUCAAAUAAUUUAGGACUUCUAAAAUCCUUUUAGUAUUAUCAUUCACUUUUAUCAGAGUAGUAUUGGUUUAUCCACGUAUAUGGGUUGGAUAAGGUAGGAAAGGCUGGUUGGGAAGAUUUUCAAGAGGAUUUUGCAGGCAGUGGACAACAACAUUAUUAUCAUGGACAUAGUCAGAAUUUUGUUCAGGGGAAGUGGAAGUUCACUGAACCAAUUGUUAAUUACUAGAUCUAUGAUCAGUACAUUAGUCUUGUGUAAACCAUUAUGAGUAACCCUAUAUACAUAAAGAUUCGCAAUAUAGGAGACUAAAAAAAUUAAAAGAUUCUGAAUAUGUGGUACUUGGUCAGAUAAUUUCGAAAUAAAACCGACCAUAGGUGUUGUAAGAUGUAUUUUGAUAAAUAUUUUAUACUUCAUGCAGUUCUGUAUUACGUACUUAAUGUGCCUUAUAAUAAAAAUAUAUUAUUUAUACAAGUUUAUAAUAUUAUUUCUGUUUAAAACCCUUAUUAGCUAAUACAAAUUCAAAAUAUUCAUGUAGGUCUAUUACAAACUCCUAUUAUAUAUCAAAUCUACCAUCGGUUCGGAAUGAUUUUGAGAUGAGAAGAAUAAGAGCUAAGUUUCUUGUCAGUUACAAGAAACUUAGCUCUUAUUCUUUUCAAAUAAGCAACUGAAACCACAUGAUUUCAUCCGAUCUAACUUGUGGAAAUUAAGGAAAGACCAGAUAUAAUGGGGAAGGGUGACUGGCCUUGGAAACCAUCUUGCUUAAUUCCUAUUGAAAUUAUUUAUAUGAACUGGGUU